AUGGCGCAGUGUCUUUAUCGCUUUCUAGAUCUAUUCCAACCAGCACCAUCGCAGGCCACCCGAAACACCACCACGCUCGAAACGACAGCCGUGACGCUCAGCUGGGAUCGACUACCUGCGGAAAUUCGGCGCUACAUUCUAGACUUUCUAUGCCACGAGCCCCGCCGCAAGCAUGUCUAUGCUACCGUCUGCAGAGAAUGGCGGAUAUUCAUGGAAGAGAAAACAUUCCGCAAACUGACUGUCUGCCAGCAUGGUCUCGCGGGGUUAGCGCAGUUGAGCACACAACCACGAGCUGCAAUAAAGCAUCUUUGGUUCAACAUGGAAAUCACCGGCCCCCCUUGCCCUAGCUGUCUCCCAACAAGCAACCUCCCAUUCCCGAUACUCAAUGCCGCAGCAGUCCCAAACGCAGAAGAUCACAUCCACCAACUCUUCAGAAUUCUGAGCUCCUGGGGCUGCUGUGAGAGAGGCUUGACGCUAGAGUUCAACGCUUACUGCCCCCAAGAACAGGCUCACUGGCUCAAGAAUUGGUUUAUCGGCUGCCCUGGGGAAUCGCGCCGGAUACCAACGCUCACCGCCGAUGAAAGACACUGCUGGAGAAAAUUACUGGGGCGUUCUCUUGCGUGGGCAAUAGUUUGCUGUUUUCCUCCGAUAUCUCUCGGCUACCCCCUGAAAUUACCCCCCGCCGACGCAGUCACGAAGUUCGUUAUCCGUCGUUACUGUCGAAAUCGGUUCCGGCCUUCAGACAUUGCCAGACUGGUCAACGCUUGUCCCAGACUACUGCAUCUCCAUCUCGAGACGUGGGCGCACAGCAACGCUAGUGAUAUCACAUCCCAAAACCCGGCGACCAACCCUCCACAAUGUCAGUUGAUCCGAUGCCUUGCAUUGAAUGAGCUUUUUAUACUGAAGCGCACUGCAGAUGACUUGAUCGCGAAUAUACACCCAAGUACACUGCGAACAUUGACGGUAUUUCAAGAUCUCUGCCUUGAUUACCUGCGACCUGCUCGAUUGCUUUAUGGCUCCACCCGUGAUUAUGUCGACUACAGGCGUUGGGUGAGAGAAAACACGGAACAGUUCGCCGCGAGGAGUCUUGACCUCCAAGUAUUGUCGGUAUCAUUUUUGGCCUUAGCGGAAGAUUUCUUCUCGGAUUGUCAACCAGAUUGGACGUGGAAAAGCCUUGAAACUAUUAUCCUGACAACCGCGGAGUUCACGGACGAUCUUGUAUCAGGAGCGGUCUCGCUUCUCCUACAAGACGCUGCUCAGGUUGCGCUGCGUAUGCCGCGCCUCGAAACCAUGGUGUUGUGGAAUACAAAGAGAGGGCGUUAUGCCACGUCGUUCACCUACCGUCGAACAAAAUUGUCUGCCACAAUUGCUUGGUGCAGCACCGUGGACCUGGACUUCGAUCCCGACACGGUACGGGCCUGGGAAGAGGUUGCAAGGAAGCAUGGGCAACCAUGCCUAAGGACAGAGAAGAGACGGAUUGGAAGGUGGGAAAUUAUAUCUCCCGGCCACGCCAUUCGACUCUUGGAGUUGCCCCCUCAGGUCAUUGAUCCAGAGUCCCGACGGCAGAUUGAGAAAGAGUACGAGGUUCCCAGAAUCCCUGGCGUCCACUGUACCCCUUGCAAACUAGUAUAA